AUGGCUUCACAAGACGGUAAUGACAGCAACUCAGCUGAUACUCAGGAUCCCUGGCCCAUGUGUAAGGGAGCAGGCUGCCAACUUCUACCACCUCUCCACCCGACGAAGAAGAAUCAGUAUCCACUCAGUGAUGGUUUGGAUCUCGAGGACUUCAGUAUCUGGCUUGAUAUUGAAGAUGGAGAGGAGUCAAGGGUUAGCCCAAUGCCCUCUAACAAUCCGAAUGACGGCGUCCCAUUUGCUUCAGCUAUCGGCAAUAUCGAGAACAAAGACGACAAUGAUACAGCUCGAGUCCAGCAGGAUACCGGUUUGAUGCCAGUCACGAUGCUUAACGAGACUGAGAGCAAGAACAACAACAAGACGGACCAGCGAGCAUACAAUUUGACAGCAGAGACUACAGUCGCGAAUCCAAAAGGUCAAUAUUCUGUCAGUUCAGCUCAGCAUGAAGAAAAUCCGCGAAGCCAAUGGCAACCUAAUACCCCCCAACACGAGGAAAUGUUUUCGUCGUUUGCGAGAGCGGUUUCUACACGACAAAGCUCUCUUGACCCAAGUAGAUACACCCUCUCAAAAGAUCGUGAGGUAUCGAAUAUAAAAACCCCUGUCAAGGAAGGUGCCUUCUCCCAUGGUGCCAAGUCUGGCGUCUUAGACCUUGAUGCCCUAAAGCAAGCAGUUUUGAAGGGCGAAUUUGAUGAAAUCAUUGCGGCAAGGGAGACGAAUGCAGAGGACUUGUUUGGUGGAAAUAAUCGUCGUUCCUUUGACAGCAAGGAUGCCUUCCGCUUUGGCGACUUUCGCGAUGGAUUUCCACGAGAAGAGUCUCGAAGUUCUGAUAAUGGGCUCAGAAAUCAUUUAACUUCUGACCCGAUGGACAUUGACCACGAAGCUACAGUGAACCAUACUAAAGAAAUCAGAAUGACUUCCAAUAAGCCUCACAAAGUGCAGAGUCCAUCCAGCUUUCAACAUAGCUCACCCCCCUCGAACUCCAGCCCACAGAGCACUGAAGAGCUGAUAGCGGCCGGUAGGCGCUAUCUAGCCCAAAAGUAUGGUACUCCAAGUCCACAGUCCCAAAACUCCUCGGAACCAGGAUCGGCCAGCAGUUCUCAACUUACACCGGAUAUGAUGAGAUGGCUCGACAGAAAUAUGGCCAAACGUAUGAGUGAGACAGAAGUGGAGGGGCCGAAGGCACCCGACUACGACCCAUUUAGUGGCAAUCUGACCGCUGAACAAGAAGAAUUCGAAGCUAGGCGAUGUCUUAAGGCUGCUAAGAGUAUAUUCGGACACGCUAUAUCUGGAAAACAAUUCGAAGCUCAGAGCGAGACUUGGGAUUGGGACGAGGAGGAUUAUAUCCAACCAUAUGAGCCAUAUGAACACUUCAGCGAACUGUCCGAUGAACUCAUCAUGGAAGAGAUUGAUAGGAUGCCCGAUACAAUUAUCGACACUCCGCGAUCCGAGGACUGUAUAACACAAGAUGAUGGUGCUAGCCUUGAUAUUAUUAUGGACAGUCAGCUUCCAGAAGACUGGACAGUGAAGGAUGUUAACACCAAUCCCAAAAGUGUCUAUAACCAGCCAUCUGAGGAUUAUAUGAUGGCAGACAUCGGCUCUACUUCCGACAUAAGUAUUGAUAAUCAUCGAGCGAAGAGAAGCAAGACUUUCGCAGGGGAAGAUGCAAUAUUCGAACCAGCACUUCAACCAGCUCCCGUCGGAGAACCAGGUAGGAGUCUUACGAGAUUCGUAAUAACUCCUAAGGUCAAUCGUACUGGUAUUGACCUUGCUUGUUCCUCAAAAUCCGAGGCCAGCUCUGUGACGGCCACGGAAAGUCCCCGAACGAUAGGAGAGCUGGAUAGCGACAACGAAGUAUCAUUCAUUCGAUCAUCUCCACUUCAACCACAAAACAAUGUACGCAAGAGAGUCACACGCCCUCUGAAGAGUACGUACGUUAAGUCUGGUACCAAAGAUAAUAAAACUACCAAAAAGAUAUUCGCAGUUGUCGAAAGCAAAAACGAAUCUCUAGGAGGACAAAGUUUGUAUUCUCCAACGCCAAGAAGCGAUUUGAGUGGGGGAGAAGGUCCUAGACCACGGCCCAUUCAGCCAAUGCAGCCAAUGCCAGCUGCAGGAUAUCCGACUUAUGGGUAUCAAGGAUAUGCUCCUAAUAUAUCUGGUGCUUCUGGCUUUACAACAACCGCCGAAAAUCCAGGAGUGUCAUCAACCGUCGUACCACCGAUGCAGCAUAGCCGAGAACAUGCCAAUACUCCUGUCAUGACCAGCCAUGGUUCGUCGUGGGGCCAGAUGAAUCAAAAUUUCUCCCCCGGAGCUCAGUAUCCUCAACAAUUUUCUGGAAACAACAUGCCGGGUUUUGUAAGUCCUAACAACUAUUUUGAAGGACGGAGUAACAGAGGAGGGCGCGGAGGACCAAUGGGAUUCCCAGGAUAUAAUUACCAGGGAGGCCACAGCCGUUCUCCCCAUUCCGUUGGUGGUAUCUCCACACAUUCUCCCCAUAAUCCUAACACAGGAAGCCCUUUGACGCCGACAUCUCAGUUCUUUAACUCGAUAAACAGCCCGCAAUUCUCGCCUAUUCAAGGCUAUCAGAACCAAAGCCCAUCCGCGCACAGAUUGUACAGGAGAAAGUCAUCUAGCAGAGCCGCGUUUCACGGCCAUUUUCAGCUGCCCGGCAACCCUGCUCUACCACAUACACAACCCCGCGCUAACUCACCCACGAUCAUAGACUGCACUCCUAUUCAGCUCAAUUUUCCCCCUUCAGCCUCCAAGACCGUCUCUCGAGAAAGGGCGGUGAUCUCCUUCCAGGGACACGGGGAACGUGAACAGGCCCUAGCCUACCUCCAGAAUGCGGCAAAAUCGACACCUGAAGGUCAGCACAUGAUGUUUAUGGAAGAUUUCGAUGCGAGUUCCAGGACGAUUACCAUUUCGGCACCGGCUGGUAGAAUGGUUAGGGGAUGGGUAAAGAAGUUUCUGCCUUAUGCGGAUGUGGAGAUCUCGAUGAUCUAGGGUUUGGAUGGGUUUUUGAUACAAUAG